GUGCGGAAUAAAGUCAAAACUCCAGUCGUUUUGUGUGCAUACGGCGAAGAAACGACCGAAAAAAAAGGAGAGAAACUUCACAGCAGAAGUUGCCAUUAUGGAGCUACAUCCACUAGCGCUCGCGUUUAGCUGAGGGAGUUUCAGCUUUCAGCGCCGGUGGUUAUAUAAAUGCAGUGACGGAGAAAAGCAGCUAUAAGCGACGGAGGAAUUAGUGUUUUAUCAAGGCUGGUAACGUUUAGUGUGGCGAUAGUUCAGAGGCUGUGUGUGUGUGUGUGGUUGUGUGUGUGUGUGUGUGUGUUGCUGCUGGUGCGUUCACGGACGGAGCUGCUGUACGGGAUCGAGGGGCAACUUCGACCCGCAGUGGAUGUGUUUUAUUCUUUAAGGAAGAGUCUCCUCGUCGGUCCUCUCGUCGGCUCGUUGCUCCAGUUGCCCGGCGGUGAGGUGCAGCCACGCCGGGGGAAAGCACAGCGCGACGGCCGCUACUCUCCGGCUAGCUCGCCUGCUGCUUGCUUCUUGGAUCGAGGCCUUGUCGGUGAGGCGACAAUGCUUGACAUAAUGUCCGAGCACCAAGAUUCACUGUUGACGUGCAAAACGGAAUCUCUGCCCCCAGAGAGAAAAAAGAGGACUGUAGAGGACUUCAACAAGUUCUGCAGCUUCGUCCUGGCGUAUGCGGGCUACAUCCCCAGUCCAAAAGAGGAAAGUUCAUGGUCCCCAACAUCCUCCAGCUCUGCACACAGUUCAGGGUUGUCAGCCGAUGGAGGCGGCGGCGGCAGCAGCUCCACGGGCAACACUUGGCCAGACGGGAGCUCCGACAUCCACACCAUCCACACGUUUGUCCGCAAAGCUCGAGCAAAUAAGGGCAAAGGUAUUCGCCGCAUGCACUCUGAUAGCACUCUGCUGGACAAGAUGCGCCUUAAAGACUCUUUGUAUGAGAGCCAGGCGAGCACUAAGGCGGAGCGCAAGAAGGACAAAAAACUUAAAAAGUUGUCUCUGGGCUCGGCUAUGACGGCGGCAGACAGUGGCAGCAGCGAAGGCGAGAAAAGAGCACGCAUUAAACGCAGCAAAAACUCAAAACAGCCAAAGCCCAAGAAGCUGAAAAGUUCCACGGCUCAAAGCGAGACAGACUCUGAGGCACGGCAUACACAUUCAGAGGUACGACCCAUCAGAGAGGAGCUGGCGGUGCACGGGGGCUCCACCCCGAGCAUGCAGGGCCUGGCGAAGAUGCAGGCGGACGAGUCGAUGAGGGAAGCAGAGAUGAGCUCCAGUGAGGGUGAGACCUGGAUCGCCGAUGAAGACAUUAUGGUGGAGUCAGGCGACGAUUCGUGGGACUUGAUCACCUGUUACUGUGGGAAGCCAUUCGCGGGGCGGCCAAUGAUCGAGUGCAACCAGUGCGGCAUUUGGGUGCACUUGUCGUGUGCGAAGAUCAAGAAAUCCAACGUUCCCGACAUCUUUUACUGCCACAAGUGCAGGGACGUGCGGCGGUCGGGACACAAAAAAGACCCCUAGAGAUGAAGAGGACUGGAGGGACGCGGAGCACCCACCCUGUUUUUGCUGUCCUCUUGACACUUGUUUUCUUUGAUGCCUACAGCCAAAACAGCCUAAAUUAUCACCUGGAUGGCAACUGUAUUGUCACUUUGUAGGAUUUCUUUUGACAAUCACAACCAUUCUUAUUUAUCCCUCACUUUUAUUUUUUUCUUACUUUUUUUUUUUUUGGCUACUGUGAAGAACUGGACAGAAGGGGACAGUGACAGUGGAGAAUCAUUUAUUUGUUACUAAUUAAUUCCUCUAUUAAUUGGCUUUAUUGAUUUAUACUGUGCUGGUGAUGUGGACAUCGAUUUUCACGCUUAGUCUCAUAUUCACUGACGGUGCAUUUUGACUUUAUUUCUUGAGGAUGUCGACAAAAAUCAGUGAAAAUUUCCUUUAGCGUCUCAAGGAGUACCAUUUUCAGUUUGAUAGCGGUUUCCUCUCAACUUUUAAAUCAACGCAAGUUUUACACAUUGGCAAACAAUUUAUAGCUUAAGAGAUGGGAAAAUGUCACUCCUGGUGUUUGUUUAGAAGUAUGUGAUAAAGGUGGGCAGCUCAUUUUAUUUUUGAUCGUAUUUUGGCGAUUUUAUUUUUGAGUUUGCGUUUUUGUUUCGGUCGUCAGUGAUAAUCACUGAACUUUAAAAUGUAGAGAUCUCACUCCUCUAGAAUAAGUGAUCUUUGAAUUCAUACAAUCUGUUUAAAAUUAACUAUUUUGCAUCUGAAAUUUGCAUCUAAAUUGCUACAUUUCAAGUUGCACAUAGACAAUUCUUUCGACGGUGCACUUUUUAAAAAAAAAAAUGGACCCAAAUACCGUUUCUACUGCAUAUAUGUGUAUUUGGAAUAUGAUGAGCUACGGCUGAUUUAAAAACUGUACUUGGCAUGUAGCUGUGUACAUUCAUGAUUGAGCGCUUAAUGUUUCUCCCUGUCUGGCUUGUUAAUCAUUGAUAGCCAUUUACCAUGAACAACAUUUACAUUGACAAUUGUUCAAUUUUGAUGUUUUUGUUUCAUGUGUGUUUUUUUUUUUGUUUUUGUUUUUGUUUUUUUUGUUUUUCAUGUUAAAAA